AAAGUUGCAAAUUUACCCCAUAACUUAUGUUUUAAUACUAUGGAAGCCCUCCUCCUCCCUCCUUCGCCGGAACCCCAAAAUCCCAUCACGGAUCCGGCGAAUUCAAAGCCAAAUCAUCAAUCUGAUGAAGAACAGAAAGACGAGACGAUGAUGAAGAAGAAGAAGGAAACGAAUCCAUCGAAUUUGGAAAAGAGAAAACUCAAGGGAAAGAAGAAAGAGAUUAUGAACAACGACGAAGCUUCAUCUUCCUCAUGUUCCACAUCUUCUAUCUCUAACCCCAAUUCUACUAAAAGGGUUACGAGAGUGGUUCAUAGAUUACGAAACCCUACGGUGCGGUUAGGUAUGGCUCGACGAAGCGUUGGUGAACGACAAGCUGAAGCCUUGGCCAAGCCUCUGGGCUUUUCAUUUGCGGCUUUAGCUAAUCUGGUUCUUGCGAGAAAGAAUGCCGCGGGUCAGAAUGUUUAUGUUGAUGAUCUUGCUGAGAUCUCUGCUACCGCUGUCACAGAAUCAUUAGCCAAUGUUUAUGGUAAUAAGCUUGGUUCCUUUGCGACCAAGUUUGAGCAAUCAUUCAACAGUACUCUAAAGAUCCUUAAAUUGACCAAUGAAUGUGCAAAUCCACAUCAGUUAAACAAUAAUGAUGUUAGGAGUUGUAAUUUUGAUUGCUCUACAAUAGACGGAUGCUCUGACACCGAGCAAUUUGAAAAGGAGACUUCAUCUGCUACGUCUGCUUAUGAAGUGAUACAAGGCAGUGCAAGAGCAACCUCUUUGGUGAAUGAGCUUGUCCUGUACGAACAGACUCGACAACUCUCUUGUGUCCUUCCUAGCAGUUCAUCAAUGUCUUUGACCACAUUCGAUAGAUCUGUAGAAGAGCUAAAGCGAGCAAACGACCUAAAGAACGAGGAGAAUGGUCUUACAAGGAGAAAGUUAAUGUUGAAGCAGAUGGAUCUAUCAUUAAAAUACGAAUCAAACAAUCUGGGGAAAUCGAAGCUAGAGAUGGGUGGUUUGAAAGCUGCAUUCAGAGCGGAGAAAUUCAAAACCGAAUUAGAAGAUACAAGAAAAGCCGAGAUGGUCACAAGGAUCAUGGAUUGGCUCGUCGUAAGUGUCUGUAGCAUGUUGGCUUCUAUGUUACUUGGCGUUUACAAUUUUUCACAAAAGAGAAUCGAGGACGCAACCUCAGUAUGCGAGCCAUCCGAGGAGAAAAGUUCAUCGUGGUGGGUUCCUAAACAAGUUUCAUUGAUGAACUCAGGCUUCAACAUCUUCAUUUGCCGGGUUCGAGUUUGGGUGCAGAUCUUUUUCGGUGUCUUAAUGAUCAUUUUCUUCACAUACUUUAUAAGCAAACGCUCAGCAGGUACGAAGCAGACAAUGCCGAUAAGUUUCAUCGUUCUUUUCCUCGGUAUAUUUUGCGGUAUAUCGGGUAAGUUGUGUGUGGACACACUGGGCGGUAACGGCAAACUCUGGCUAAUUGUUUGGGAAGUGUUUUGCCUUUUCCAAUUCGUUGCAAAUGUCUUCGCAUUGGCUUUGCAUGGUCUAAUGUUCGGUCGUAUAAACGUGACUCAAUCGAGCCGUUGUAACAGUAUGUUUCCAUAUUGGGCAAGGCGCAGUGUCUUGUAUGUGGUGAUUCUGUUUGUUCUUCCAGCCAUAAACGGUCUUUUGCCAUUUGCGACAUUUGGUGAAUGGAGAGACCUCGCUAUGUAUCAGCUUCUUCGUGGGUUAGACUCUUAAGGUUUGAGACUAGGCUCUCUUUGUAUUGUAACUUAUUGUAACGAUUUGGAUUUGGAUUUGGAUUUGGAUUUUGGGAUCUUUUCUCUUUGGGGUUUUCUUUUAUCUUAUUUUAUUGUAUGGGUGCUGUUGAAACAAUUGUAUGGCUAUUACAAAGUUUAUGUAUAAUGUAUUCGAGUUAUAUUAUUGUUGUCAAAAGAAAUAAAAUUAUGCUUUUCGA